AUGCUUCGCCGUCACUCGAUUCAUCCUCAAGAAGCAGAGGCUUCUUUCACCUUCCUAAGCGAUCCAGGGGAUCUAUCUUACCUUCCCACUGGUCACAACACCGAUCCUCUUCACUUCGCUCGCUCCGUCGACGACUCCCGACUGGCGAGAUCGACCGCGGUCUCGACGAACUACAAGCGCUCGCCCAGCGUGCCCGCGGUAGCAUCUCUCGAAGAGCCAGACACGCCAAAAAGGCCUUUCUCCCGAACCAGCGAUGGACACUCUGAUGAGGCUCGCUUGGGUCUGCCGGAAAGAUGGAGCAUCUAUCCUGUUUCGAGACAUGGUGGUCAUGCCUCGUAUGCUCCGAAGCGAGGAUCUAAUGAUAUCGACUUUGCCAAAUUCGACUUUACACGAUCCAUCGAGUUCUCUCUAUCGGCUGAUGCUUCCGCCUCAACUGAAAGCUUACCUGCAUACCGUUCACGCACCAAUUCUGCUGGUCAACUUGAAGACACUCUCCCACCGUAUUGUGUCGAUGACGAACUUUCCUCUGUCGUGCAAGCCAUUUAUGCUCAAAACUCUGAGCUCCUCAAGAAACCAAAACUCAAACGAGCAAGACCUCUCCCUCGCGACUUCACUGAACACGAACUCAAAGAAAUCAGACGCAAGACUCGACAUCGCAUCAGAGUAGUGACAAGAAACAGCUUGGGCUUGACGGUAAAUCUUGGGCUCUCAUCAGUAGCACCACAGAUGCUCAUUGCCGCCGCCAUCAACGGCUUCUGCCUAGGCAUCGUCCGAAAACGAGACAUCAUCGUCGCUGUAGCCGAGGGCGUUGCGGUCGAGUUGGUUUUCCUCGCCAUCACACUCAACAAUGACGAUUUUCUCGUCCUUACCCACGAACUCGUGUCUGCCCAUUCAGAUGCUAUCGCACCUAUGCUGCAUGAGCUUCCUGGACUCAGUCAUGUGCAUCAUGCAUUCAUGCUACCCAUUGAGAAGAUUCAAGCGAUGCUGGGAUUGCCAUCGAUGGCUCAACGUGCCGUGGAGUUUGGUAUCGGUGGAGGUUGGUUCGACCCCGCUGACGUGGUAUUGAAGAAUAUGUUUUUGGUUGGUGCUGUGCAGGUCGCGAUGGAAACCGCUGUUGAUCAGAUUCAAGAUCGUUUGUCCAAGGCCACUGAGCAUUUGAAGGAACAUCGUGGGCAUAAGAAUAUUGCUAGACGAAGGGAGGUGGAGGGAGUGGCGUGGAGUCAGAAUGUUGAGGUAUUGUUCAAGAUGUCUGUCUCGGAUGGGAAGACAGGUUAG